AUGGCAGUGGGGAAGAUGCAUGAGCCACAGUUCUCACAGUACAUGAUGCAAUUCGCCAGGGUCUCCUACUUGAUGGCCACCGUUGAGGACAUCUUCGGCGAGCAUCAGUCUGUUCAGGAGCUCGAAUGCUUUGUGCAAGUUGUUGAGAGGUGGGAUCUUCAAGCGGCAGAGCAGCUGCCACAGUCACUGAGGGUCUUCUAUGCGGCUGUCUACAACACAACCAACCAGAUCAGCUACACUGUUCUUAGGAGGCAUGGCUGUGAUAUAACUUCACACAUGAGGAGAGCAUGGGUGAGUGUGUGCAGAGAUUACUUGGUUGAAGCAAGGUGGCACCGUGCCCGACAGACACCAAGGCUAGAGGAAUAUUUGAGCAACAUCCGGGCAGCCAUGACCAGCCCUAUUCUCCUCCCUGCCUACUUCUUCCUCUCCCAAAACAUUGAGGAACAAUCCAUCCAGCAGCUGCAGUCUGAGUCCAACAUCAUCAACUUGUCAUCGAUGAUAGUUCGUCUCUCGGCUGACCUCCAGAGAUCCAGGGUUGGAUUCAGGAGAGGAAACCAGCCUAGAUCGGUCCAGAUUUAUAUGAACGAGGCACGGGUAGCAGAGGAGCAAGCACGGCAGCACAUAAGGAACUUGUUGAGGGAUGCAUGA